UGGAAAAUGUUCAGUUUCUUCCCUUUUUUCAUAAUAUCUCUCAGGCAGCAGCACAAUGACAGUGAGUGUUUUCACGGUGACAUCCAAGAGUGCCGUUGUCCGCUGGAGCAGAUAUGAAGGUGCGCUGUCUUACAGAGUAACAGCGUCUCUACCUAACUCUCAAGUCCCUGUGGUCUUCGCCAGCUUCGGACAGAACACCGUCAUGGGCUCGGUUAAUUCGUUGAACCCUAACACUGCGUACACCUUUCGUGUGGAAGCCCUGGGGGACCUUAUGAAUCUGCUGGGAGAUGCCACUGUGGAUGGAUCUACUGCUCCUGACGUUCCCACCAUUCAGACGGCCUCCUCCAAAGAAAGCCAGAAAAUUACAGUGGAGUUCUCCACAGUCCCCGGCGCAACUUCCUACAUCCUGCGAGCCGAGACCAGCGAUGGCUCUUUCUUCUCGGAGACCCCGGUACCGAGCUCUCCGGGGACCGUCACCAACCUCCAGCCUUACACAGACUACACUCUCAGUGUCAUGUCUGUCAACAGCGCAGGCAGGAGCCAGCCAUCCAUCUCCGUGGAAGCAAAGACAGUCCUCCCUGCUCCUCAGUUCAACACCAGUUCACCCAGUAACAGCAGUAUCCUGGUGAAGUGGGAUCCAGUGAAUCAUGCUGUUCUCUACAGCCUCAGCAUCGUCAGGGACGGCUCAUACAGCCAAACCCGUCUCAAUACUACGAACUCUCUGGUCACGUUUGACAAUACUAUCGUGAACCUGGAGUCAGGGACCACUUACUGUAUAAAGGGAAAUGCCUGGAGUCCGGAGAACAUCCCUGGAGAUGACUUCAGUGUCUGCCAGAUCACACGUCCUCCUCUUGUGAUACGGAUACGGAUAGAAAUAGGGGGUGUGGUAAUUGUAGUGGAAUUGGUGUUACGUACUAUUAUGGUGUCAUGGGAACGGUCUCAGGGUGCAGAGCAGUAUGUGGCCUCAAGUUCAGUCGGACAGAACUGCACUACAUCCAGUAACUCCUGCGCUAUCCCUGUGAGUUGUGGAGAAACACAUCUGGUCAAAGUGACCGCUAUCAACCAAGCCGGACCAAGUGUCCCCUCAGAGCCAGUACAGUUUAUUUCAUUCCCCUGUCCCCCACAGCCCAUCUGGGUGGAGGAGACGGUGGCUGGUAACUGCUCCGUCAUGUGGAACGCCGUUCCUCACGCUGAGAUCUACACCACGUUCAUCAAGAGUGAUGACGGCAUAGAGAAGAUGAUCAACUCCAGUCAGACCUCCUGUAACUUCACCUGUCGCUGUGGUUAUACGUACAUCAUAACAGUAUUCGCACAUAACCAGGCCGGCUCCAGUCCACCGGGUCCUGCUCUCAACUACACCACCUUGCCUUGCUGUCCAGAGACUACAUCAAUUUCCCUUGAGUCCUGGGAGACACUGAAGAUCGAAUGGUCUCCUGUACGUGGAGCGGAUCUGUAUGAGACCCGGGCUGUGGAUACGUCUGAGGUGAUUCUGUGUAAUGACACGGCACCCAUGUGUGCCCUCUCUGACCUCACAUGCAACAGCAGGUACAGUGUAGUGGUCCUACCAUGCAACGACCUCCGCGGAUGUAACCUCACCUGCAGCCCACAAACACAUGAAACAGCUCCAUGCAUGCCUGAGAUCAUCCAAGUGAGUCAGAGUAACAGAUCCGGUGUGUUGGUUUCCUGGACUUCAUCUAACACAGCUGCCAACUACAACGUCAGUGUGAUUGGCUCAGUGAAUGACACACACAGCUGUCAAUCAAAUGGAACUUCCUGUCUGGUGCCCAAUCUGCCCUGUGGUUCAGUCUAUGAAGUCAGUGCUAUUGCAUACACCACAGCCGGACAGAGCAUGCCUAGUUACACCGUUCCACUAGAAACAGCACCUUGUUGCCCAGCAAGCCUUCAGGUGAGCCAGGUGACCCAGGCCGUGAGCAACGUCACCUGGUCAGUUGCCGCUGGAGCGCAGACCUACAUUGUCACCCUCUCUUCGGCACGGGGCAAUGCACAGUGUCACACUAUGGACACUGACUGUUUGAUGGGAUGCAUCACCUGUGGCACGAAUUACACUGUCUCUCUGGAAGCCAUCAGUCGUACUGGACACAAGUCGGAGUGCACGUAUCACGGCUUCUCUACCAGUGAGUGUUGUCCAAUGGGAAUUCGGCUUUUCAGAGGAACCAAUAACACACUGCGUGUGCGAUGGAGGUCCAACAACGUCCUGUCCAACUACACGGCAGAAGUAACUGGAAGCCAAAGCACCCACGUGUGCAAUCCACAACCCGGCACGAACAUGUGUGAUGUGUUAGAGAUAGUGUGCGGUCAAGUGUACUCGGUGGUCGUCGCCCCGUUGCAUAAAGAUGGAACCAAGGUCCAGUUCUGUUCAAAGAGAAUGUAUUCAGUUUCAUGUUUAGGCAGCGAUGUAGGAAUGGUGCUGUAUAGAGGAAGAAGAUAAUGAUCAGAUGAGUGUCGUCCACACAAUGAGCUUUUGGUAAUAUUGGACUUACAACCCCCCAAAACCUGGAAACAAUUAACAACACAAUGACAUCUCAGUUUAUGAAUUCACCGGUGUAAAGCAGUAUGAAUAAUAUAAUUGAGUCAGGCUCCAACACUGGACAAUCACUCCUGUUAACAUAUUUACAGUAAAUUACUUUAAAGUAAUAUUUAGAACUACAUGAGAUGUCAAUUAAUAAAAAUUUUAAGAGUUUUGACUACAAGUGUUGUAUAUGAAAAAUGAUCGAUUAGAGGCAUUUGUCAGGACUUUUUAUCCACUACUGGAAUAAAUUGUAUAAUAAAUUGUUACUUCAUGAAAGUAACGACUGCUGAAAAUGAUUCCCAGUUAAGAGACGGUCAAUGGUAAACUAAAGCAGAUUAUUCCCCAUAUGUGUGGUGCCUCUGAGGGAAAUGUAGAUCUAAAUGAACUGUUUAUUUGACUUCCCUUAGAUGUUUGUUAAAUACAUAAUUUUGAAAGAUGUGUUUCUUUGACAAUAAAACACAUUU